AUGUUGACGGAGGCUAACGCGACGCGACAGGCGGGCCGCCAGCAAAGGCGAGGUGGUCUGGCGUUCAGUCGCACUCCACGCGCCUUCCGCGCCGCACGUCCCGCACGAGUCAUGCUGUCGCUGGUAUUAAUUGCAACGGUCGCCGCCGCGGCCGCGCAGAACUCGACACCGGGCACCGCACGCGCCCCGGCGCCCCGCCGCGAACAGUUCCGCGUCAUCUACGAAUGGAACGCUAUAGACUUCGAGUGGGCCACCCCGGGCGACCGAGAGGCCUACCUAAAUACCAGCCGAUACAUACCGCGCAACGUCCUAAUCUCUGGGAUAAACUUUUACGGCGAAAGCAUAUUUCUGACGCUGCCGCGGAUGCUGGACGGUGUCCCGGCGACGCUCGCCACGAUACCCGUGCAGCAGGUGGACACGGCGCCGAAGCUUAAGCCGUUCCCCAGCUGGGACGCGAACAAGCUCGGCGAUUGCACCGCCCUGCAGUUUGUGCAGAACGUGGAAAUCGACCGCAACGGGAUCAUGUGGAUAUUGGACAACGGGCGCAUCGGCACGCUCACCCAGAAGCCUGACACGAAGUGCCCACCCUCCCUAGUUUUGAUAGACCUGAAGACCGGCUUGAACGAAAUGGAACGCAUACCGCUGCCCGCGGAAACGGUGAACGCGACCACGUCAUAUUUGAACGACCUGGUGGUGGACAAUCGCGACGGCGACUACGCGUACAUCACGGACAACAGCGCCGUCGAUCCCGGUAUCAUAGUUUUCCGUCGAAGCGACAGGAAAUCGUGGAAGAUUCGAGACAGUAAAUCGAUGAUGUCCGUCCCCGAGGCGGCCAUCUUCCGCAUCAACGGUACCACGAUCAACCUGCCCGUGAACAUUGACGGUAUCGCUCUCGGCCCUCAGUUUUUGACCGAAGAGGGCACUGUCGACAGGACAGUUUACUACGCACCCCUGUCGAGUUUCCGCCUGUACGCCGUGAACGCAUCGAUUUUGCGAAACGAGUCCCUCGCAGCGAAGGGAGACGGAGCUCUGCGCUCGUACGUCCUCGAGCUCGGCGCGAAGCCGUCCCAAACUGACGGCAUGAAGAUGGAUUCCGCGGGCACCCUGUUCUUCGGUCUGAUCGGCAACUCGACCAUCGCCGAAUGGAACACAACGCUUGACUUCAGCGUCGGCCAGCGGACCAUCGCCAGGGACCCGAACUACAUACAGUGGGUCGACCGUUUCACAUUCGACGACAGCGGCAACAUAUACGUGGUAAUCAACAGGCUGUACAACUUUAUUAAGAACCAAGUGUCCCUCGACGAGGUGAACUACAGGAUCCUUAAGUCUCAUACGGGCACUAAGAGUUACAUAUUCAGCCCUGAGGUAACGCCAUUGACACCGACACCGCACGGGGCGGCCACCGCGCCGGUCUUAGGAGCGUCGUUGCUAUUCUUGGCCUUCGCGCACCUGCUCGCC